GGUUACUUUUUAAGGUGUAUUUUUUGACAAUGUUCUUUUCAAAUCUACUCCCAAUUGGCAUCACGCGUUAUUCGUUGCUCCUUACUAAAACGUAACAAUGUCGGGAGGACUUGAUAUAUUAACUCUUAAAGAAGAUGAUGUUACUAAAAUGUUAGUGGCUACAACACAUAUUGGGUCUGAAAAUGUAAAUUUUCAAAUGGAACAAUACAUUUAUAAAAGGCGUCCUGAUGGUGUAAAUAUAAUCAAUUUGGGCAAAACAUGGGAGAAGUUAUUAUUAGCUGCUCGUGCAAUAGCUGCGAUAGAGCAUCCGCAGGAAGUUUAUGUCAUUUCAUCUCGCCCGGUUGGUCAGCGUGCAGUCCUUAAAUUUGCAAAAUACACUGACUCCACUCCUAUUGCUGGUCGUUUUACCCCUGGUGCAUUCACAAAUCAAAUUCAACAAGCUUUCAGAGAACCACGUCUCUUAGUUGUCACAGAUCCUAUGACGGAUCAUCAACCUAUUAUUGAGGCUUCGUAUGUCAACAUUCCAGUUAUUGCUUUUUGUAAUACUGAUAGCCCUUUGCGUUAUAUUGAUAUUGCGAUUCCAUGCAACAACAAAUCAAAUGAUUCAAUUGGAUUAAUGUGGUGGUUCUUAGCACGUGAAGUACUACGUUUGCGCGGAACAAUUUCUCGACAACCAGAAUGGAAUGUAGUUGUUGAUUUGUUCUUUUAUCGCGAUCCAGAAGAAACUGAGAAAGAAGAAGCUGGAGCAAAAGAACUUUUGCCGGCAACGAAAUUGGACGAUGCUGUUGAACCAGGACCUGAAGAACCAAGUAAUUGGGCUGAUGAAGUUGCAGCUUCAAUGCCGGCAGCUACUGAAGACUGGAAUGAAGAAGAUCCUGUUAAAGGUUCAUGGGGUGGAGAUGGAACCUUUUAAAUAUGAUUAUUGAAAAAUUUUGUCAAUAAAAAUAUGAAAUGAAACAAAAUCAA